AUGAUUGACAACAAUAUCACUCCGGGGGAAUGGAUCUGGUUAAUCAAGGACAUCUUUCUGGGUAUCUUGGUGACCUUCUACAUGACCCGCUCCCGUGCCUUGCCCCGGCUGAAGAAGAUCCGUCCCACUGCCUCGCUGUUGGGCUAUCGCACCGUGCUCUCUAUCGCCAGCCAGGUGCUUCUGGUCUUGCUCUUCUAUAUCAUGGCCCUCUUCCUGAUGAAAGGCCAGGAGUGGUAUGACCCGCUGAACCCGGUCUUCGACAUUUCGAUCAGCGCCCAUUUGUGGAUGUUGAAAGGCGACAAUUACGAUGGUACCUUGGCUUCUGUCUUUAUGAUUGUGAUCCUGGCCAACUGCUCCUACAUCUACACCUACGGCGGUGACUUCCGGAAGUGUGUGCUGCACAACCUGGGAAUCAACGUCACCUAUUUGGCCUCCUUGACCUUGGUCGCGGGCUUCAUCUUGGCGCCUCCAAAUCCCUGGAACUGCAUCUUCCGCGUGAGCUGCGAUGCGCCCAACUCCGUGGCCGCUGGGCAGCUGUUCCCCUUUCUGCAGCACAUCUCCGUGGGCGGCGUGGGGAAAUGCUUCUUGGGACCCCAGGUGAAGUAUUGGCAGCAGCACGCUGCCACCGACCCGCCUUGGCUACCCUCCACCGACACCAACUGUUUGCCGCCGGCCGCCACACUGGCAGCGCUGCCACUGGACGAUCCACGGAUCAGCACGGGAAAAGGCUUCACGGUGAUCGACCAUUGUGUCGGGCCCAACAAUUGCCUCUCGGUGGAGUUCCAAUGGAUAUUAAUCGGCCUCCUCAGCACGAUGACAUUCCUCCAGCACUUCAUCAUGAAGUUUGCCCGCGUCUGA